CUUUGGUUUGAAGAUGCAGUGAAGGCAGAGGGUGAUCAGGCAACAUACAAAUGCUGGAUCCCAACCUCCCACGGGCAAUUCUGCGUGAGGACAUUUGAAUCUACAUGGAGAGAGGGAGAGAAGCAAGCAUGUGGUGACAGAAAAUGGAAGGAGAACGUGUUAAGCACCUACGGGCCAAGUUCCAAGGGAACAGGCAAAAAUUCUCUGAAAUGAGCAACAGGCCAGGGAGUCAGCUUGCAGCCUCACUUGCAAAGGAGGAGACACACGCACUUAAACCUGGAUCUGAGAGGGACCAAUCUACUAAAUUACCCAAAACCAGGAGGAUGGGUUUGAAAAAUGCUCCUUUAUGUCAGGAUGACGUUCCAGGCUUGGGGCCCCUUUGUGAAGACCCAGCAUGGGUGACUAACUCCAAGGAUGGAAAUGCUAUGGAAUCCAGCCUCCACGCAGCCGUUCUGCAAACAGGAAUACGAGAGGCACCCCCUGAACAAAAGGGCACAAGGUGGAAUUCAAACCUUCCUGAGAGAAGCCGGACUCAGCAGACCUGGCCACUGAUCAAACAUGCUAGGAAUCAAGGGGUAAAUGCUGGUGCCCCCCUGGUUCCUGCCAAAGGGACAGCUGUCCCAUCCCUACUGGACUCUCCAAGAAGCAUACCAGAGAAAUGGCAACCUAAGGUUCCUAAGAGAAAGCCGCUGCCACAUGCAACAGCACUGGGAGUCAAGCCAAUGAAACCCCAGCGCCCUCCUGAGGUGGAUCUAGAGGGGUUCUGGAAGGCUGCUGCUAUCAGAACACAUGCUUAUCCUGCACCAGAGCCAGGGAGAGGCAUGAGGCAUGGUCACCUGAAGCCAAAUUCUGCUGGGUCUUCCCCAGUCCGACUUGCACCUCAAGCUGCUUCAUCUCCUCGUGUCCUGAGGUCAGCGGCAGAAGUACUGAGAUGUCACCAAGAGCAGAUAUAUGAUGAUGUGGAAGCAGUUGGGCCAAUUGGCAUAGGGAAAGGACGUCCGUUAUCGUCUGCUUCCCGGCUCCCAGCAAGUCCCCGCUCUGGAACAGGUGCCAAGCUGACCCUUGACAGAUUUCCCCCACCGCCCACUGAGCCCAGAAAAGCCCAGAUUUCAGAGCUAAGCAGGAAACAUGUGAAGAAUCUCAAACAGUGCAAGAAAGAAGAGCAGACGGACAAGGAAUUUCGGAAGAAAUUCAAGUUCGAAGGGGAAAUCCGUGCUCUGACCCGAAUGAUGGUCGAUCCCAACGUUGCUGAGAAGAAAGGGGGAGGGAAGAAUCUGCCGCUCAAACGAGGAGAGAUUCUGGAUGUCAUUCAGUUUACGAGUCCCAAGAGACUACUCUGCCGGAACAACCAGUGGAAGUAUGGCUACGUCCCCAGGGUGACGCUGCUGCAGCUGGACACUGACAUUUACGAUGACGUUGCCUUUUGUGAUGAAAUUAAUUCUUCCACCAAAGUCAGCAAGUGAUUUCACCAGCAGAGGGGGGAGGCUGUGAGGACAGAAACAUGAAAACAUUAAAUGCAAGUUUCCUUCUUCGAAAUGGGAGUUGCCUUCUCCACAGUUAGUGUUCCAAAAGCAACGUGUCCUUUGUAACAUGGCAGGGUGGUUCAUUUUUUAAUAUGUUGGGCUUCUGGAAGGAUUUUGCCCCGCAUUCAGCAAAACUACUCAAAAGUAGGACAGGAACCACAAUAGUGUUCAGAGAAACAGGUUACAAGUGAGCUGCAAAUAAAGAAUCUGCUGUGUG